GCCCGAGGCUUGCGCCUCAACUCUCCGAUCACCAAAUCCAUCACUACACGCCUGAUAUGCACGUCUCGUUAAUUCUUGCACGAGAUCAUACAUCACACCUCUCCGGUUGGCACGUCUCGAUCUGUCCACAGCUAAAUUGCCUUUGCUACUGCGUGGCUGCUUGUUCUCUUGGCUUAUCAGCUUUCUUACCCGUGUGUGUGUGCUGUGCCCUUGUACGUUCUCCGUUGAGAGUGCGCACGCACAGCAACACCUCCAGGCUCCAAUGGCGUCCUCCUACAAGAUGAAAGGGAUCUUCAAGGGCUUCAAGAUCAUCUCGCAGAUCUUCGAUUGUUGCAGCGGCGAAGGAGGAGCAGGAGAUGGAGAUCGGCUCCCCGACAGAUGUGAAGCACGUCGCGCACAUCGGCUGGAAUAGCUCGACGCUGCCGCCGAUGACCAAUGCGUCUCCAAGCUUCAGGAUGGAUGCCUCAGCCCUGGGAAUAUCAUGCGAUUUUUCGUCUCUGGGCAACCUGGCGCCGUCGGCAGCAGCGGCAACCUCCUGGGCUUCUUCCCAAGAUUUCGAGCAGCACCAGGCCGCCCGAGACGUACAGUCGUCUCUCGGUUUAGCGGUUUCAGAGAACACGGCGCAAGACGCAGGCGGUGCCGCCCCUGACAUGCCGCCGGCUGGCGAAUCUCCGGUGGAUUCGUCGAUGUCGGAGGACUCGGUAGCAUCGGCUUCGUUAGCCCCUACUGCUGCUGCUUCUGACGAGGCUGUUGGCGCCAGUGGCAGGUUGCUGCAGUGACUGAACCGGGGUCCGGAUUGUACAGGCCAAGGAUGCAAAGUGUGCUUGUGUUGUGUACUGAUCAAGUCGAUUCUGACUUGAUAAGCGUCAAUUGUAAAUGUACUGAUUUGGAGUGCGGGUGAGAGUGAUGCAUUGAUCUGUUCCAAAAAUGGAUUGACUAUUUUUUUAACCUGGUUGUAAGAAGUCUGACAGCGAGAAAAUUCUGUUUCUAUUUUCUAA